GGUGGGUCUUGGAUGAAUGUGAUUGGUCAACCAAGGGAAGGACAGAAACGCUGUUUUGAAACGCUGUUUUGUAACGUGCUAUGUAAACUCCUGUCAUUGAUAUUGUCAUUUUCGCAAUGGAAGCCACCCAAGCAGUUGCCGAAGAGCCCGUGCUGCGGCAUGUGGAAACCGACGUGUUGAUUCCCAAGAUGAUGCGGGAGAAAGCCAAGGAGCUUUGUUCAGAGAACGUUUCUGCCUUUUCCCAGUGCUGUAAAGAGUCUGGCUUCUUCAUGGUGUUCAAAUGCAGGGAUGAGAACGCAGCGCUGAAGGAGUGCCUGACCAAGUAUUACCAAGACCCGGCCUUCAAGGAAGAGUGCAAGCAGCAGUACAUUCAAGAGAAGUUGGAGUUCCAGAGAACUGGAAUUGCACCCAAGAACAGGACACAGAAGGUCCCCACCAGCAUGUAGACAUUUAGUCCAAUAGCAUCAAGGACUGCUUUGAAAACCGUCACAUACAAGAGUGCCCACAUUACUCUCGUCUUUGUUUUGUGCUGCAUAUUUGUUUUGAUUUUUCAUGAAUAGAAAUUGAGUUGGUGACAGGGACAUUCAUGUCAAAGUGUGACUGCUUUAGCAGUAGUUUGAUGCAAUUGCAUUGUAUAGACCGCUGGCUUGGUGAGAAUGAUGUGUGCAGAAUGAUCUUUCAUUGUGAUCUUGGACUUGAUAUAAACACAUGAUCGAAAUUCAGAUUCAAAUCGAGAUUUGUCAACCCCCUCCCCCCAUUUCAGACACGCACAUAUUGAUGUGCGUGCUUGUCGUCCAGGUGGACUGAGCUUUGAAAAUUAGUUUGAGCAAAUGAUUUGCAAAGCCACAUGGGAUAUUUUGUCAGUAAUUAAUUGGUACAUUGUUUCAAUGACUGUGCACUGGCCACGAUGACAUAGUGAAAACAUGAGAUGCGUCAGGAUUCAGGAAGACGGUAAUUAAAUGAAAAAUAUUAAAAAUUGUAAAACAAGCUGAUCAGUUCAGAAGGAAGCAAAUAUACAACUAACAUGGUUGAUAUGUAAAUAAUCAAGGGUUAUAUUCAUCAGGCUUUGGUUUAUUUUUUGUUUUUGUAAAAAAAAAAUGUGUGUAAAAAGUAAAUAUUCAUAUUUA